GUGAAGAUGGAUGAUAAUCUCUACGAUGAGUUUGGUAACUACCUCGGUGACGAUUUAGACUCAGAUGAGGAUAUUCAAGAAGAAGAGCAGCAACCACCGGCCGCUCAGACGUCCUACGCACCAUUGGAAGGUUACGAAGAUGAUGAUGAUAACGAGAACCUCGACGUUUCAAACGAACAGCGUAUCUCUACUUUGAUGCAAGUUGAUGAAGCACCACAGAACCAAGUUGUAUUGCACGAGGAUAAGCGUUAUUAUCCAUCUGCUGAGGAAACUUAUGGCCCUGACGUUGAAACACGCGUCGAAGAAGAAGACGCUCAGCACAUCAGCGAACCAAUAGUACAGCCAAUCAAGGAGAGAAAGUUCCAGAUUGAAGAGAAAGAUCUCCUAGAGACUCGUUUUGAUAGAAAUUUCUUGGUUGAUAUGAUGCACUACCCAGAAAUGGUCAGAAAUGUCGUCGUAGUUGGUCAUUUACAUCACGGAAAGACUUCCCUCAUGGAUCUUCUCACUUUCCAGACCCACAAAUUGACUUGGGAUUCGGACAAAAAGGAGAGAUACACCGAUCUUCAUGAAUUAGAGCGUUCGAGAGAAAUCUCCAUCAAAUCAACACCAAUGUCCUUCGUUUUGCAGUCAACAAUCGGUAAAUCUAUCCUAGUGAAUGCUAUUGACACACCAGGACACACAAACUUUGUAGAUGAAGUAGCAAAUGCUACCAGAUUGGCAGAUGGUGCGAUUGUCGUAGUGGACGUAGUAGAAGGCGUGAUGGCUGGUACAGAACUCGCUUUGAAGCAUGUCCUCAAGGAAGGUCUCAGACCAGUUUUAGUUUUGAACAAAAUGGAGCGUCUUUUCCUUGAAUUACGUCUCCCACCAUCAGAAGCCUACUUUAAAGUUAAGCAUACAAUUGAAGAAGUCAACAGCGUGAUAUCCACUAUUGCUCCUCAUGAGAGUUCUCGUCUUUCCCCUGAGCUUGGUAAUGUUGCCUUUGCUUCUACAGAUAUGCAUUGGUGCUUCACUCUUCAAUCAUUUGCCCAGAUGUAUGCAGACACUUUCGGUUCCUUCGAUAUCAACGCUUUUGCAGCUAGACUAUGGGGUAAUAUUUUCUUUGACGUUGAAAGAAGGAAGUUUGUCAGGAAGCCUCCACAAGGUUCACCAGUGCGAUCAUUCGUCCACUUUGUUUUGGAACCACUUUACAAAAUUUACACACAGGUUAUUGGAGAGGAUGUCAACGACUUGGCACAGACGCUUGCCGGCUUGGGUAUCUCGCUGAAACCAUCUGCAUACAAAAUGGACACUAGACCACUUCUUAAGCUCUGCUUAGAGCAGUUUUUCGGACCAUCUACAGGCCUUGUCGAUAUGUUGAUCGAGCACAUUCCAUCCGCCAAAGAUGGAAACGCAACGAAGGUAGACAGAUAUUACACAGGCCCACUCGAUUCACCCCUCGCAACCUCAAUGCUCACUUGUGAUAGCACCGCUCCAUCCGUUAUUCACGUCACAAAGCUCUACACCACUGUCGACGCAGAAGGUUUCUAUGCUUUCGGUAGGGUAAUGGCCGGUAGGGCCAGAAUAGGCGACGAAGUGAAAGUUCUUGGCGAAGGAUUUUCAGCAGAUGACGAAGAGGAUAUGGCAAUGGCGACGAUCCAAAACGUUUGGGUAUCUGAAGCGCGGUAUAAAUUCGAGUGCCCAGAGAUCCCUGCCGGAUCUUGGGUCUUGUUAGGCGGAGUCGAUGAAUCAAUAGUCAAAACAGCUACCAUAGUAUCUAACGACGUUAAAGAAGACCUCUACAUAUUCAAACCAAUUAACCACAUAUCCGAAAGUAUAUUGAAAGUAGCAGUCGAGCCAUUGAACCCACCUGAGUUACCUAGAUUAUUGGAUGGUUUGCGGAAGGUUAAUAAGAGUUAUCCACUCCUUACAACCAAGGUUGAAGAAUCUGGUGAACAUAUAAUACUUGGUACAGGUGAACUUUAUUUGGAUUCAGUAUUACACGAUCUCCGCACGUUAUUCUCAGAAAUUGAGAUUAAAGUGAGCGAUCCUGUUGUAAAAUUCUGCGAAACAGUUGUCGAAACGUCAGCAAUUAGAUGUUACGCAGACACACCAAACAAAAAGAACAAAAUAACGAUCAUCGCUGAACCACUGGAGAAAGGAAUAAGUGAAGAUAUUGAGAAUAGACGCGUGGGCAUGUGGAUGACAAAUAAGGAAAGAGGAAAGUACUUCGAAGAGAAAUACGGUUGGGAUACACUCGCUAGUAGGAGUAUAUGGACAUUUGGACCAGAAGACAACGGACCGAAUGUACUGAUUGAUGAUACCCUUCCAUCUGAGGUUGACAAGAAGAUGCUGGGUAACGUGAAAGAGUCAAUUAAACAAGGUUUCCAAUGGGCAACACGUGAAGGACCACUAGCAGAUGAACCAUUGCGAGGUGUCAAAUUCAGAAUAAUGGAUGCGCAAAUAGCCCAAGAACCAAUAUACAGGGGUGGUGGACAAGUUAUUCCUACAUCUCGCCGUGUCUGUUACUCAUCCUUCCUCAUGGCUACACCUAGGCUAAUGGAACCUAUCUACUAUGUGGAGAUAAUAACGACGGCUGAAAGCGUGCCGACAGUCUACCAGAUAUUAGCAAGGAGGAGAGGACACGUCACAAAAGACGAGCCUAAAGCUGGUUCACCACUGUAUGUCGUAAAAGCACUCAUUCCUGCGAUCGACGCCAACGGAUUCGAAACUGACCUCAGAACUCAAACGGGCGGAACCUCAUUCUGCUUGCAGAUAUUUGAUCAUUGGGCUAUUGUUCCUGGUGAUCCAGUUGACAGCGGUAUACAACUCCGUUUACUCGAGCCUGCACCUGCUCAACAUCUAGCACGUGACUUCAUGCUCAAGAUCCGCAGAAGAAAGGGUCUGGGUGAUGGUCAAAACCUCAUGGCUAAGUAUCUCGACGAUGAAUUCGUUAUGGCUAUCGUCGCGGCUGGCAAAUCUGAUUUAUUGUUCUAAUUUAAUAGCAGAACUUUUGUUAUAUGAAAAAAGUAUGAAUUGUCCAUAAUUU